AUGAAAUAGAAAGAAGAUUUAUAUGUUGUGUUAGCUUCAUUAAAAGAUUUAGACUAAUAAAUAUACAAGGCGAUAAUUGAUAUGUUUAGAAAAGAAACCGUUUCAGACUGCUUAAAAUAUCUUUCAGAUAAUGAAAAUCACUCACAUUGUGAAUCGUACAUUUUAAAAGCAAUGAAUUUAGUGGUUUAAGAGUAAGAAGAUUAAGAUAAUGAUGAAUAUUAAGAGAUAAGUUAAAGAUCAUGAACUUUAAUAAAAAGAAUUAUUGUGGAGACUUCUACGAAGAAUUUCGAAAAGAUCUAAUUUAAAAAAUAUCAAAGUUGAUUAAAUAGUCUAAUUUUAAAAAUUUUUAGUUCAACUCACAACUGUCGAUGAAAUAUUUAUUUAAUGUGGUUAGUAGGUCUGA